AUGUUGGCAUUGGAUUCGUCACGACAGCAGCAAAACCCAUACUUCCAGCAACAGUUCACAAUGGAUCCUGCAAUGAUGGAGACCUUCGGGUUUCACAUGGACAACCUGAACGGAUUCGGGCAGGCCCCUGCUUCGUCCGCAAUCCCUCAGCCCUCGUACUAUGAUACGCCCCCGGUAUAUGCCGAGUCUUUCCCCGAGAUCCAUAAACAAGCCAGCUUUCCUCCCAUGCCUGCGACUCCCCCGUCCAUCCCAACUUCGCGGACCUCCGAACCCUACAUGCCGGGUCUCUCCACUGCAUCCGGACCUUCAAUUGCAAGCGCCUCGUCCUCUGCCAUCGGCUCUCCCUACUCGGGAAAUGCGCACGUCGUCCAAGAGAACUGGAUCGAUACCAACCACGGCCUGGGGCUUCCCGCUGCAGUUAUGAACGAUAUGUUUCCCAACGAUUACAUGGGGAACACGCUGGAGUCGGACGCAUUCUAUGCGAAAAAGUACCCUGACAACUUUGUCGACCCUUCCUUGAUUCAGCCGAUGCAGCAACAGCAGCAGCAGCAGUCGCAUCUUUCCCCUGGACUCUCAUAUGCCGAGCAGCCUGAUUUCUCCCUAGCUCAGACCGCAUUCCUCCCUCAAUCCCCUGACCCGUCUCAACUUGCAAUCCCCGAAACCUAUCCUUCCAUGCCAACCUCGUCCCCUUCUUUGAUGCCUUCUCACUCGCGUCCCGUGUCUAUCUACGAUAGAAGAUCCUCCAUCUCUUCCAUCCAAUCCCGCCGAUCGCAACCAAGCCCUGCCGCCAGCAGCCCCGGCUUCGACGAAGAUGGCAAAGAAAAAGAUCGCUGUCCCCAUCCCGACUGCGGCCGGAUCUUCAAGGACCUCAAGGCUCACAUGUUGACUCACCAGUCAGAAAGACCGGAAAAAUGUCCGAUUGUUACGUGCGAAUACCAUGUCAAAGGGUUCGCCCGUAAAUACGACAAGAACCGGCACACCCUCACCCACUACAAGGGAACCAUGGUCUGCGGCUUCUGUCCGGGAUCCGGCUCGCCCGCCGAGAAGAGCUUUAACCGGGCAGACGUCUUCAAGCGUCAUUUGACUUCCGUUCACGGGGUCGAGCAGACUCCCCCUAACUGCCGGAAGAGAAGCCCAGCCAGCUCAACCAACAAGGGUGUCACUGGAUAUUGCCACGAUGCCACUGGCAAGUGCUCCACUUGCUCGGCUACCUUCAGCAAUGCUCAGGACUUCUAUGAGCAUUUGGACGACUGUGUUCUCCGGGUGGUUCAACAGGAGGAGCCCAGCGAGGCCAUCAACCAGCAGCGCCUCGCCGAAGUUGAGUCUGACGAGGAAGUGAAAAAGACCAUGGAGAGGCACAUGCUACUCGACACGGCUGGUACCGUUGAUCGAUACGACGAUGAAAAUGAUGAUGACGACGAUGACUAUAACGACCUUUCAUCCGCCCGACGGUCCGCCAAGGGUUUCUCCAAGGCGGCCAAGGGGAAUCCAAGUGCCGGAUCCCGCUCCAUCCUGGGAAACAAUGCCGUUAGCAAGCGUGCGACCGGAUCAAAGCGACGGAAUAAUCGUGACCGCUACCCCCAGUCUUGGGGUUGCCCUAGCAGCAACAUCAAGACGAAGAAGCGUGUGUUGUGUGUUUUUGACGGCCAACGCCGUCUCUGGAAGGAUGAGAUGAUGCUUGACAACGAAUUUGAAGUUCGACUCAAGCUCCCCGGUGGUGCGGGAGAUGGCACCAACCGUGAGGCAUAUGUCACCGACCUGGAUGUUGAAACCCUCAAGCGCGCCGAGGGUGUGCUGAGUGCCAACGACGAGGAACGUGGCCCUUGGUUGAAUGGCCUUUCCACUCACCUCAUCGGCCAGCCGGCCAUGAUACUCCCCGAUCUGUCUCAGCCUCGCGAGGUUGAUGUGGACAUCGAAGAAUUGAUGUCCUAA